UUACCCAUCGCCUAAAUGGGCAUAAUUACCUACAAUGGUCCAGAUACGUGUUGAUGUUUGUUCGGGGACGAAAUAAGGAGAUCUAUCUUACUAAAGCUCCACCAGCGUCCACUGACUCCCAAUUUGCAACAUGGUGUGCAGAAAACAACCUAGUAAUGGCAUGGCUUAUUAACUCCAUGACCGCCGAUAUAGGAGAAAACUAUCUUCUUGCCACCACAGCCAAAGAAAUCUGGGAUUCUGCUAAAGCUACCUAUUCUGUCACCGAAAACACAGCAGCUUUGUUUCAGGUUAAGCGACAACUCCAUGACCUAACCAAAGGUGAUCAAACUAUUACCCAGUAUUAUACUGCUCUAAUGAAACUUUGGCAGCAAAUAGACCUCUAUGAGGUCCAUGAAUGGCCCAGCACUGCAGCAGCCAUGUAUUACAAAAAACUAGUGGAUCAAGAACGCUGCUAUAAGUUUCUUCUUGGUCUUGAUGAUUCCUAUGAGGAUGUGCGAGCAAGAAUCAUGAGUCUCAAGCCACUUCCAUCUCUACUUGAAGCAUUCAACACUGUUAAAUUUGAGGAAAGCCGAAAGGUAUUAAUCACUGCCUCUAAUAUUUCCUCUACUUCAACUAACUCCUCUAUUCUCGCUGUCAAUGGCCCACAAAGUGAUCCCAAAGCAAAAAAGGGUAAUAAGUGGUGUGACCACUGUCACAAGAGUGGUCACACCCGAGAAGUGUGCUGGAAGCUGCAUGGCAAGCCUCCAAACAACAAACCUAGGGGCAAACCUGGCAGCAAGGGAAUGCUAGUAGGUGUUAACUCUAAUGAAACCAUUAGUCAUGAUGAGUUGCUGUUACUGCGCAAAUUUUUGGAUAAGCACCUGCCCUCUACUCCUGACAGUGAGAACACUACCCCUUCUGUCACUCUAGCCCAUGCAGGACUUGGCAUUAGGGAAGAAGAUUGGCGCUGCUAAAGUAUGGAAUGGCCU